AAAUAGAGAAAGUCAUUUCUUAAAAAAAUGAUUUAAUUUUUUUCUUUGAGUAGAACAUUUUUUUUAGUUUCUCAAAUAUUAGAAAAUAUGAAUAAUGUUUUUUGUGAAAUAAAUGGAAUCAUACUCAUCUCAAAGACUUUUUAAAAAUGCUAAAAGGCAUUGAUUUCUAAUGAAGAUAACUUCACUGUCCAAUAUCCAUGGGUUAUUGCAGAGAUGAGGCAUCUUUUAUAACCAUGCAAGUUCUAUUGGUCUGCUAUUCCUUUCAUUCUACAUCAGCACAUAGAACCCAAAAGAACAAAAUAAAUGCCAAAAAGAUUUUAGUUAUUCUAAUGCUUACAUGAGCAGUUGGAAUGAGUGAUUAGUAAGUAUGUGUUCUUUGAUGAGUGGUGCAAUUUUCAACUCCAUUGCCCUUUUACAAAGUCCUCCUCAUAAUGAAAUAAAGGAAAAGAGAAGAUUCAUUGAAGAGAUUUCUUACCCAAGUCUACAUAAUCUCACAUAACUUGCUCUUCAAUACUUGUAGAGUCCAUUGGUUUUGAAGAUACCUUUUCUUCCUUCUUUUGCUUAUCUUAGCAUCAGAAAGCCAAAAUGCCAACUCAAAAGCUUCAAUGCCACACACCCAUAGUGCUUGUUAACAACUGCAUGAUUGAAAUUGUUCCAGCUACUUGGGAUAACAAACCCAACUGUGUUUAAGCACCUAACCCCCUUUCUUUUUUUCCUUAAUACUUUUUUGAAUUUCUCAAAAUGGAACCUUCAACCUUUAUCCAACUGCUUUUCUAAGCAACCAUAGCUUUCUAACUUCUCAUGUUUCUUUUUCUUUUUUCUUUUUUCAUUGUUUAUUUAUUCGACUUAGACUAAAACUCAAACUCAAGAAUUCACAGUUUUAGAAAUAACUCCAGCACCACUGAGGCAAAAGCUCUUUUUGACUUGCCUUUGUUGUCACUGAUGAGCCUUAGAUGACUCAUGCAAUAGAAAGGUAAAAGACCUUUGCUGUCACUGAUGAGCCUUAGCUGACUCAUGCCAUAGAGAGUUAUAAGAUUUUCCUCCCAUAAACUCUUUUUUUCCUUUAAAUACAUCACCGUUUAAACAAUUGAUGAGGCAUAGCAGGCUUCUCUUCCAUUUGUCUCUCAAGUGGAAAAUCUUCUAUCAGCAUGAAGAACCCAUCUCAGAAUCAAGUUAUUGGAAUUCCAAUCAACUCAGAAUCAUACACACAUGGAAGGCCAGCAAAAGGAUUUUUGGCUGACCCUGCAACACAAUACCAUCUUUCAUCUUCUUCAAAUUGUUCUCCCAUCUCCAAGCAAAGUAAAGUAGAUUCAGUGUUUAAGAGAAUGAACAAAUUAGGGAAGAAAGCUGACAAUUUUGCACAAGGAGUUCGAGAGCAUGUGAGGUUGGGCUCAAAUAUCAGUGAAACUGUGAAAGGAAAGUUUAGUUUGGGGGCUAAAAUUCUUCAAGUUGGUGGUGUGGAUAAAAUUUUUAAGCAGCUGUUUAGAGUUGAAGAAGAAGAGACAUUGCUAAAGGUUUCCCAAUGCUACCUUUCAACCACAGCAGGUCCCAUUGCAGGCCUCUUGUUUAUCUCCACUUACAAGGUUGCCUUCUGCAGUGAGAGAUCAAUCAAAUUCACUUCUGCUAAUGGCAAAUCAUUCAGAAUCCAUUACAAGGUUGUGAUCCCACUUACAAAGAUUAGAAGAGUUAGAAAGAGUGAAAACAUGAAGAAACCAUCUCAAAAGUACAUGGAAAUAGUUACUGUGGAUGAGUUUGAUUUCUGGUUUAUGGGUUUCUUGAAUUAUCAGAAGACAUUCAAAUGUCUUGAGCAGGCAGUCUCCCAAAACAUGGAUGAUUAAUCUGCAAGUCACUUCACCGGUGACUUGAAAACACUGUAAUUAGCAUUACCUCAUUGCAUUCUGUUUCAUGAAGAGAUACAUGAGUGGUGAAUAUAAUUUUUCAACAGUCGCUCAUUACUGAUAAUUGUUGUUUCCUGUUGUCCAGUGUUAUGAGAAUUCAGGUAAUAGAAAAUAGAAAAGACCAUUACUGUUGAUGAAGGAUUGCAGAAGAUUCAUAAAUCAUAAUAACCUACCAAAAUAAAUAAUUGCAUCUAACUACUAUUAUAAAGUAGUUUCAGAAGCAGGAACCUUCAGAAGGGCAAUGCAUAACAUAAAAUUAGUUGAAUUAAUUAAGAGUCUUGUGGGUUAAACUUGCUUUUUUGAAAAAGCAGCUUGUUCAGUGAUUUUAAUGUUGUUAUAACUAAAACAUGUCAAAUUUAACUUGAAAGUAAUUCCUGAUAACUUCCAACUAACAUAUUUAAGGAAUGCUUUUCUUUUUCAACAAUGGUCUAAGAUCUCUUUCAAACAGACCCUAGGAGUUGAAUUCAAGGCACUUUGCAUGAUUGGUGAACUACUUCAAAUUCAGAGACCUUAAUCCCUAGGAAACCUAUUAAUUGUUAGUUGGACAAUGAAAGAACACAUCAAAGCGUCUCUUCAAGAUAAAUGCUAGCCAUGGUCAUUUGAAACACUAUCCAUCCUAUUAGUUGAGUUGAAAAGUAUAUGAUCGAUGAUCAUUUUGAAAGUUACCGUCACUAGCAUUUCUCUUCCUUUGAUAUCCAUACACAUGUAAUGCCACACCAGUUACUAACUGCAGCUAGCUUCCCUUGGCAAAACUCUGUCCAAAAAAACUUGCUCUUCUUUGAUGGGCCAACAGUUGCAAACCUUGACGACAUUGGAAGUAAAUUUUAUUAGCAAAAUUAUUAAUAAUUAUCUACUGUUGUUGAUACCUUAGUUGCAACACCACCAAGAAUAGGUCAAAAAAAAAACAAUCAAUUUCAGCUGUUCCAAAAGUGCUUCUGUUACCUCUUUCUUCAUUUCUAUCUUCCUUUGAAAACUAACAAAUGGUAUCACAGCCAAAAUUCUUCAAGGACUAUUGCGAUUACACAAAU